UCUUUGCCCGAUUUUCGCGAGGAAGGCGCGAUCAAAACGGGGCUGUCGCGCGUAACAAUCGGUUCCUCGAGCGAACGCGUGCAUCUUCGCUGUACUACAACAGAGUACGACGCAGUUUCGACGACGCAUUUUCGACGCCGUGCGUUCCCCGCGCGCCGUGCACCUUGCGCAGCGAACACCCGAUUUUUCCUAGCAUUUUUUCUUCGUUUCAUCUCCUCCGCUCCGUUCCCCUUCUUUGCUAGAAUCCGUUCCCUCCGCCACCCUUUCGCUCUCUCCCUUUCUAUCUCGCUGUCUCUCCCUAUCGUUCACCCUCACCGAUUCCCCCUCUUCCGCGCGUUUCUACCCUCUGCCUACUACUAUCACUCCCUUGUCCCACCCUCGUCCUUCAUUCUUUCGGGUUCUCUGCGCGUUACGGUGUGAACAUACUUGAGAGAUCGCGCGACAAGGCGGUAAUCGGUGGUGCAAUCGUGAAUAGCAGGAAGGAGAACGGAUCGCGGCCAACGGAACGAUGUCUCAUUUACCCUGGAGACGAGGAGCACGCGUCCGCGUCCAAAGGAUACGAUAAUAAAGACGUUCGGCUCGAGGGGGUGGUCCGACGUACGAUCACAUUUUUUCUCCUUCGCUCGUUCGUCUCCCGGUUGGUUCGGUCCUUCGGCCGAUCGGUCGAUCGGGUGUUCGCGUAACGUUCCAACGGGAAGCCGGGGGUGGAACUCAUUUCAGUCUCUCUCUUUCUCUCUCCGUUAUCUGAGAUGAUCCGCUCGUUCGCGAGGCUCGCGUCGCGCUCCGAGAAAUGUGCACGACGAAGAACAGAGCGCUGGAGGUGAAUCGUUAUCGUUACGUGCUAUUGAACUUGGACUGAGAUUGGCCGUACGGGAUAUAUCUAUUUUUCGUGCACCGUCACCGUACCAAUCGUAGUUAACGUCGGUGUUAGUAGUUUGCGAUUGAACGCGAUGACGCGACUCGAAAUCGAGAGAUAGACGAGACCUCCGGCCCGGGCGUAAAUCGUAUACGUGACAUCCCAGGUACGACUGAACUAUGAAUUAACUGGGAAUGCGAAAUCGUUUAAAUCCAGACUACGUACUACGAUCCGCAUAAAACGAAAUGGAAGUCGGACGGCGGCUGCACGAUUAACGUAGUUCGCGAUCGAGCAGCGCGAGAGGGGUACGUUCGUGGGUGGAAAUGAGAGAAGGUGAAGAGUCGCGCGUACAAGCUUCGACGUACUAGCGGGUGGCGUGUACACGGGGCUUGUGUGCUGUGCCGUGGUCGUGUGUAUACCAGAGUUUCUACGUGUACACGGAUAAACAAAGAUUCGUAUCGGCACGGUGAAUUCACGCACGUAACGCUGACUCGCGUGUUACGGCCGAUCGAUCGCUAGUUCGAGGGAGCGGUAAGACUAAUUCUUUUUACCCCCGCCGCGUGACCAGUUUGCUUUGAAUUAACGCGUGUACAGUGUACACCACGCUCUCACCCCAGAGAAAACGAUCGGGCUGCUUCGUUCGUCUGCAUCUUCUCCUCGCAUUGCACGUACCUACGCGAUUCCACGUUCCAGUUCUACAGGGUUGUUCACCGAUACCGUCGAAAUAAUGUUUCUGUCCGUCGAGAAACUCGUGCAUUACGGAGUGUUGUUACUGUUGUUCAUCAGAUCGAGUUACCAGCAAGAGGAGGAUAUACCCCAUAACGAAGUGAAAAACUGGGCCUUGAAAUUCGGCGUAGAUUUAUGGGAAUUCAGCAAACAGGUUACAAAGAUGAGCGAGAUACAAAGGAAAUAUCAUGACAUGGAUGCCGAGGCCGUAAGAAAAGAUGGUCUCGUCUUGGUGCGAGAAAUGGCCGCGGAGGUGAAAAACAUGUUGGACUUUAAGAUGAACGCGGUCAUGAGAUUGGUGGAGAGCGCGGAACAGGCAGCCGUGUCGGCGCCCAGAGACGGGAACGUAUCGCCUAAGUAUUACGCUUCUCACCGGUUCGACAGUUCCGGGGAUGGAAAAUCGAACGGACAGGAAACGUUCCUCUCGCUUAAUCGACACUUCGAUCAUCUGGCUGUGAACGUAUCCCUUUCCGCGGUCUUACUACCUGCUGGAGUCAAAGACACCGAUCGCGACGUAGCCUCCGGCAUUCAGUGGAGCGAAUACUUGGACUUACUGUUCGUCAACAAUUACGAAAGCGAUCCCUCGCUUUCGUGGCAGUACUACGGCGCCACUUCCGGAUUCUUGAGACGCUUUCCCGCGAUAUCCUGGCCGCCCAUCGAGCAACGAUCGAACGGUGGUAGCAAAACAGCGGCGAGGGUCGUUCGAGACGUGUACGAUUUUCGGAUUUCUAACUGGUUCGUCGGCGCAGCGAACAGCCCCAAGGAUUUGGUCAUACUUCUCGACAUGGAGUGUUACUCCUCCGACAAGAACAAACGCCUGGCCUCGACUACCGUCAAAACCAUUCUCGACACCCUAGGCCCCGACGAUUACGUGAACGUCUACCGUUACGGCGACACCGCGGAGGAGAUCGUUAAAUAUUUUAAGGACAGUCUGGUCCAGGCAUCGCCUGCGAAUAUCCACGAGCUGAAAGUGGCGACGAGUUCGAUGAAGUACGAGCAAUUACCGAUGAACGUAUCGGCCGCUCUUAGCACCGCGUUUGAGACCCUCCACAGAUACAAUAGAACCGGCCAAGGUAGCCAAUGCAACCAAGCGAUCAUGGUAAUUACCGUCGACAACGUCGGCUUACCUAUCGAAGUGAUAAAAAGGUACAACUGGCCGCAUAUGCCCGUUCGGAUUUUCACCUAUCUCGUGGGAGGUGACAAGAGCCCGGAGUUGCAGAGCACAUCGUGCACGAACAAAGGAUUCUACGCGAGGAUCACCGAAAUGGAGGAUAUCAAGAAUAAGGUCUUCGAAUACGUGAAGGUGCUUGCUCGGCCAAUGGUCUUGUACCAACACGAUCAUCCCGUGCACUGGAGUCCAGUUUACGUCGGUGGAAAGAGCGACAGAUACGGCAACGAAGAUACAGGGCAGCUACUGACGUCCGUUUCCGCGCCUAUCCUGGAUCGCCGAAAUUAUACGGUGAAAACGGCCAACCUGUUGGGUAUCGUCGGCACGGACGUGCCGAUCGAAGAGAUACAAAAAUUAGUUCCCCCAUAUAAGUUAGGUGUCAACGGGUAUUCCUUUAUCGUCGACAAUAACGGUCACGUUCUGUAUCAUCCGGAUUUGCGGCCAUUGCCUGGAAACGCGGACUACGAGGAGACGUUAAAGCCUACGUAUCUUAGCGUAGACCUGUCGGAGGUCGAGCUCGCAGAGCAUGAGGGACAGUUGUACUCCAUGAACAACUCCCUUCUUCUAGACUUGCGGCACGAUAUGAUUGAUCAAAAAGAAGGGGAAACAAACUUUUUUACCAAAAUUCAUUAUGACAAUAUGAGACGAGUGGCCAUUAGGCGUCACAAUUAUUUUUAUAAACCGAUCGAGGGAACACCGUUAUCGUUGGGACUAGCGUUACCCGAGGGUUACGGUAUGUUCCAACUGCAAGCCGAACAAGAAAUCAAACACGCGAUAAUAAAUGUGACCGAGUACUUUAAGGGGAACAAUUGGAAGGUGCAUCCGGAUUGGGUGUACUGCGAGUACAGUUCGGCUUCCGGUAAAUGGUUCCCAACCCCCGAGGAACGCUUUCUCCAUUUUUUGGCACGAACGCGGAGCCCGGGGUGGAAAUGGAUGUCCUUGAGGCCAAGGAGUCCGAGCUCGCACCAUAAGCAAGCGAGCAAGCCCGACAGAGAUGCUUAUUACUGUGACAAAAAGUUAGUUCAGUCGCUGGUGUUGGACGCGUUGGUCACCGACGUGCUCGACAAGAAAGCCGCGAUGCACAAAGAGGAGAAUCCGAGUCAAGGGAAAGGAACGUUCGGCGUAACGAGGAGUUUCAUCGCGACCAGGAGCGGCCUGUUCCGUUGGCACGACCAUCAAGAUACCGACAAAUCCACCGAUCAAACACUGUUCGCCGAGAAGUACGCGAGGGCGAUGGAUUCUUCUUGGUACAAACGCGCCGUGGAUCAACACACGAUAGAACCGGACAGCUUCGUCUUCAGCGUACCAUUCGACGCCGCCAACAGUCCGAGUCCUUUGGUCACAGCGACUCACGCGAUUUUCAUCGGGAAGGGUCACAAAGCGCCUGCCGCGGUCGUCGGUUUGCAAUUUCAACAUUCCACGUUGGCCUCACGCUUCGUCAAUAUUACUUCCACGUGCAGCGGUACAAGUUGCAAGAAAUCCUGCGCUUCCGAGGCAUUAGACUGUUACAUUUUGGAUAACAAUGGUUUUGUUAUAAUCAGCGAACGUCACGAGCAUACAGGGAAAUUUUUCGGUGAAAUAGACGGCACUAUAAUGGAUUCCCUGGUUCAGGACAAGAUUUACAGGAACGUGACGGUGAUCAACUAUCAAGGGACUUGCAGUCCACAAGAGUCUCAUCAAUCCUCUGCGUCGAGGACGAUCUCGGAGUCCUUUACAAGGACGAUUGCUGUACUGGGAAAUUUCCUAUGGAACAUGGCCUACGGAUUCAAUUUCCAAAGUUUGUGGCAGGUUGUUCUCGCGUUCGCUGGCGAACCUGCGAGAUUAAACGGUGACGAUGAAACGGUCGAUGCCCGCGAGUUUGAACCGUUUGACGAUUCGACUGACGAAGCGAUACACGAGGAAGACGAACGAUUUCCAAGACUGCCAGCGGUAGCUGCUGCAACCCCUGCGUUCCCCAGCGCGACGCGAGCCACGACCGGUCACUAUCCGCACAGAAAACUAAGAUCCUGUGAGAAAACGACGGACCUUUACAUCUUGCAACCGGGCAGACUGAAUUCGAGCAAUCCGUUGAAGGGAAAACUGACCAACUGUCACGACAGUGGUUGCGAAAGGCCGUUCAGCGUACAGAAGAUCCGUCACACGAAUCUAAUUCUGCUGGUGGUGGACACGCUGUGUCCGUGCGGUAGUAAACAGCUGAGCAUCGAUCCGACGGAGGCGGUCGCGAACAUAAGCGUACGCAUCGCGAGGAGAGAACGUCUGUAUCGUCGCAGGCCACCGAAAUGCAUAAACUACCACCCGGAAGAGAUGGAGAUAAAAUAUUGCGGUACCGCGAAUCGUCCUUGUCACUCGUUCUCCGUGCUGGCCGUGGUGGUCGCCGCAUACGCGGUCGCCACGCGACUCGCGUGACUUCGUUCACGAGUUCACCUAUUGAAAUUACACGUACUUACUUACAUAGUCACGCACGCGCGCGCGCACACUUGACACAUUUACACAACGACACGCGCACACACAUAUAUACAGACAGGACAACAGACAUUCUCACGGAUUAAUGUACUUGAAAUGAAUUUAGCGUUGACGUUUCUAUGAAACAUUUAUGAAAAACAAAAUGGUAUACUAGUUGAUCGAUUUAAUACCUAUAUACUGAUAAAGAUACGUGCAUAACGAGUAAGGGAGCAGGUGCGUGCGCGCGUACGCGGCGCGUACUCUUCGAUCGCGAGUCCUUUUCCCUUUCGCGAGGACCAGGAGGGAACCUGUAUCUAAGUACGUAGGAAGUUAUUUACUUGCAUACGCGUGCGUCCGCGUGCGCGUCAACCCUUCCGGAAUCACUGUCCCAACGUUCGUGUAUUUUAAAGGGACACCGAGGAAGAUCAUCUUGCCAGAGCUGUCCGCUAUAAUUUCGACAAUAAACGGCCGGUUCUGGCAAUCUUCUUACGAGUUUAGUGAUAGGAGAAUAUAUUACAGUGCGACUGAAUCGUUCAGUCGCGUUAAUUGUUGACAAUACAUAAUAGUAUUAAUAGCGUUUCAGCCUAAAAUUUAUUUACAGGAUUCCUUUAGGGUUGACGUGGCCGCGUUCGCGUAGAUGCAAACAGUCGUCUUCGAUUGCUCCGUGCUGACAGAAAUCACCAUGGCUCUAACGAAUCUUACAAUUAGUUAGUAGCGUAAUUUGCUUCGCUAUAAGCGUGGCGGAAUCAAAGGCACCGUUGACAUACGCGUUUAAUUGGCACGCGUGCGCGUGCACGCAGGACAUGUGUACAUAUCGGGGAUACAUAAUGUUAAUGUUGAUCUAUCAUUACAUAUUCCAUUAUGAAUUUUGUUGCAACAAAGAAUUGUGAAUAUUUCUUAAUCGUAUUACAGCGUCGAAGUUAAGUCUAAGGAGGUGACGAUUUAAAAAGGAUAAAUCUCAUGUAUGUAUUCGCGGCGCGUGUUUCAAUAAAAUGGGAACGGUGGCCGUCUUGUACAGAGUUGGAAACAGUUCGUCCCGGAACGGUUCUCAUCUCAGUUGAAUCCCGAAAUCCUUUUCGCGACUGUUUAAAAAUGUUCACUUUAAAAGUGAUUCUGAGGAGAAUGUUUCCGACUCUGUGACAGACGCAACGCGCCAAGUCAAGUCCAGAUGCGUCGAAGUAAUUGGAUCAUCGUUAGACUGCGGGUUUCUGUGCACUCAUAGAAAAUUUCCUUGUAAAAGAGUGCAUAUGACGCAUACGAUUUGUAAAAAUAUACAUAACAGCCAAUGUAAGCAAUAGGUUAUUAAAUUUAAGGGGUGAAACGAUUUUCUAACUGAAUUAAAUUUUUAAAAACGUGCUUGCAAACCCUUUUGAUUCUGCAGAAAAGUCCGCAGUCUAAUCGUUACAGUCCGAACGAAGACUUUCCUUUUUCAUCGUUCGAGCGAGUUUUAAAGGCGUUCCCGUUUCUUAAACAUUUUGAUGUAAUCUACGCAUACGACACUAUCGUCGAAUCCAUACGUUUUUUGAGGAGUGUGUGCGUGUGUGCGUCGAUCAUUUGUCGGAUAUCAUUUAGCCUAAUCACCGCGCGUACCGCAGGGUACGGUUUCACGCUUGCAAAUCUCGCGGUGUUCCGAGCGCGCAUAAUUGAUUAAUUCCAAGGUAAACGCGAAUAAGCUGUUGUCGAAACGUUCCUAAAUCUACGAUUUGAUUUUCAAUCGAAGAGGAAACAUACGUAAUAGGGGAUCCGUCGCGUACCCGCGUCAUUCGAAUUUAUUAUUCCAGCGAGACUCGGUUUGUUGGAGACGGGCCUGUCGAUUGCCAAAAAUACGUCGAUUUGAUUGUCGCUCGGUAUGCAUUCGAGUCAACGUUUUCCUCGGGCGUACAACGCGUCGCCGACAUAUGGUCGAAUUUUUACAUUGAAUUUACUCUUGUUUGUUAGACGAUGCGCUGACUCUCCGCUUUUUCGAGAGAACUUUCCGAACGUUGAGAUUGUUAAACGCACGCUGGAAUCGUUCUGCGGAGAAAUCAAAACGAAUCGCUUCUUGCGAGACUUGUACGCUGCAGUCGCUAAAAGUACACGGAAGAAGAGAGUUGCGAGGGAACGGGUGAAUAAGCUCGAUAGAGUAUCGCGGCAAGCUUGGAGCAACGAAAUAAUCGACUAGGGAACGAGAAGCGUCGUAGUGAAUUUCUUUUUAUUUAAUAUUAAGAGAACGUGUAAAGCAUAUCAAAUCCUUCCGAACAACUAUGUCUCUCAGCGAUGAUACUCGCAACUGUCGUCGACGAUCCAAACCAUGCACAAUGGCUGUUAAAAGUACGAGUAGUUUCUUGAUCUUCGAUACGAUUCUACGUUUCACUUUCACGAUGAUUGCCGUCAAUUUUUAAUAGACAUAUCAAUAAUGUUUAGACCGCAGGUUUCACGUGUUCAUAGGAAAAAGUAUUCAGAGAACAUGGAAAAUGUGAAAAGGAUGAACGAAUAUUUCUUUUUUUAUUCUCUGUGAAAUUCUGUGGUCUGACGAAUCAUAUCAAUUUUAAUUAUCAUUAACUGAAUUAACUGAAUGACCAAAAAUUCGAACCUUAUCCUUGCUUGAACGUUAAGACGAAGUACAUCGAUCUGCCGAUAACUUUUUCCAGUCAUUGUACGCACGGAUUCUCUCCGAUUUUCGGUCCCCGGUAAUGCGCGA